AUGUCUCUAGAAUUCCGUUUCCAAUCAGCAUCAACGGAGUACCAGAAAAUACAAACAGAACUAGCAAGUUUGGUGGAGAGUCGUACUCGUCUCGAUGCCCAGCUUUCCGAGAAUGAGAUGGUCAAAAAGGAGUUUUUGCAGUUAACCCCCAGUAAUGUUGUCUAUAAACUUGUGGGACCUGUAUUGGUACCUCAAGAUCAGAAUGAGGCCAAAACCAAUGUGGAGACGCGCCUGGAAUUUAUCAAGAGCGAAAUAAAACGCGUAGAUGCACAGAUAAAUGAUGGCGAGGAGAGGUCAGAGAAAAAGAAGAAUGAGCUCGUUGAUAUCCAAACGAAGCUUCAGCAGGCUCAAACUACGCCAAGUUCUUAG